UCAAGCUUUUGAUGAACCCUCUCUCUCUCGCUCUCUUUAGCUCUCUCUCUGUAAACCUGCUUGUUGUUUUUGAUUGUUUUCUGCAUCUAAAAUCUCUCUCCACAUCUAAAAAUCUCUCUCCACUUCUACAAUGUCGAUCUUCGAAUACAAUGGAAGCGCAAUCGUGGCUAUGGUGGGCAAAAAUUGCUUCGCGAUCGCUAGCGACCGGCGACUUGGUGUUCAGCUGCAAACCAUCGCCACUGACUUCCAGAAGAUUUACAGAAUCCACGAUAAGCUCUUCAUCGGUCUCGCCGGCUUAGCUACUGAUGCGCAAACCUUGCACCAACGGCUUGUUUUCCGACACAAAUUAUAUAAGCUGAGGGAAGAGAGGGAUAUGAAGCCUGAAACUUUUGCUAGCCUUGUAUCUGCAAUUCAGUAUGAAAAAAGGUUUGGACCAUACUUUUGCCAACCUGUUAUUGCUGGCUUGGGCGACGAUGACAAACCUUUCAUUUGCACUAUGGAUUCCAUUGGGGCAAAGGAACUAGCCAAAGAUUUUGUUGUUGCUGGAACUGCCUCGGAAUCACUCUAUGGUGCAUGUGAAUCAAUGUACAGACCUGACAUGGAAGCUGAGGAAUUGUUCGAGACAAUAUCACAAGCUCUGAUAUCUUCUAUAGACCGUGAUUGUCUGAGUGGUUGGGGAGGCCAUGUUUAUCUUGUCACACCAACUGAAGUUACAGAGAGAGUCCUCAAGGGAAGGAUGGAUUAAGUUUCUUCGACGAUUUUCUGUAUUCCUAUCAUCAGUCCGUGCACACACUAACUUCCUUGGGCGCUCGAUUUAUCAUCUUUAAGUUGCUGCAAUGCGAUUUAUAUUUUGUGACAGAUUGCUCUUAAAAUAUUAUCUUGUGUGGUGACAUUCCUAUGUUUAUUUAGAUUUCAAGAAUCAAAUGUUGCAUUUAUACAUCUAAAUAGCCUCUCUCUCUAAAUUCCACCUUUUAAUUUCAUUUGCUGAUAUACUAUUUAGUGCAUUGAUUUAUGGAUAUUGAUUUGAUGAUA